AUGGCUAGCAGCUGGACCCCUCCUCCUUUCGGCGCCCCCUGCUGGGUCAACGUCCCCGUCACAGACAUGGCCCGUGCCAAAUCAUUCUACACCAAGGUUUUCAACUGGGACAUUCUGCCCCAGCCCGCCAACCUGGAUGAGAAGCAAAUCGUCCUGUUCAGCUUCCCCAAAUCCGACUCCAGCCCCAAUGCGUUUUGCGGCAGCUUCGAGCGCGUCGAGGCCGCCGCGCACACCAAGAGCGACAACGGCUAUAAGAUGUAUUUCAUGGUGGAGGACGACCAGAAGACCGCUGAGGCAAUCAUCGCCAAUGGCGGAGCCAAACUUAGCGAUCCCGUCCCGGAGGGGGACCAUGGAUUUAUCACCCAGUGCCGCGACUCCGAAGGGAAUUGCAUCGGUAUCUAUGUUAUGAAGAAAGCAUGUUCGUGA